AUGAUGUAUGCGAACGAAAAUGAAGCAUGCUGUAACGAUGGAUAUGGGCAUAAACUUUGGUUUUCAUCAUGUUUAAAAGGUACCGGUGUGGCUAUAUGGUGUGAUAGCCUCAUUACUGGAAUUGUUCGAGACUGUCGAUUGCUUGAGUUCCGGCAGAAUCUGAACAUAUCAACGCAGUUGUUGGAGUGUUCAACGGUUGGGCGAGUUCCUGGAGGUUUCACAGCGUGGUUUUUAGCUAAAUCCAUAGUGUCCUGA